AUGGAAAAGAGAAAGAGUCUGCUGCUAUUAGUGCUGGUAUUUUUCUCUGCACUAGUGGCCUCUGUUGGCGGGCAUUGGAGAGAAAGAGAUGAGGAAGAAAGUGAGCAAAGAACUCAAGGAGAAAAAUGGUUUUUGCUGCGUCACUUACAUGAUGUAGUGAAAACUGAUGCUGGGGUCAUGAAAUUGGGAUCCAUGAUGGCACCUCAUGUUAAUCCAACGGCAAUAGAGUAUGGAAUAGUGUUGAAAGGGACAGGCAGAGUCCAAAUUGUGUAUCCAAAUGGGACUUUAGCCAUGAACGCUAGAGUACGAGAAGGGGACGUUUUUUGGGUGCCGAGGUACUUCCCCUUCUGCCAAAUUGCUUCAACAAAUGGCCCGUUUGAGUUCUUUGGUUUCACGACAUCAGCAAGGAGAAACCAUCAGCAGUUCUUGGUGGGUAAGAACUCAUUGAUGCAGAGCUUGAGAGGGCCAGAAUUUGCAGCUGCAUUUGGUAUAAGUGAGAAGAGGCUUAAGAGGAUUGCCAAUGCUCAAAGUGAACAAGUCAUCUUGCCAUCAUCGUCACCGGCUUCUCUGCAUGACAAGGCAACAGAGCCAGAGAGGAAGAAGAUGGUCAAGUUUGAAAGGAUGAUAGGGAGCUUUGGCAACGACAUGAUCAUGGGUUUUGAUUAG